UAGUAACUGUUAGAGAGGUCUUUAGGUUGUGCGGCGAAUCGCACUUAGGGGAUAGUCGACAGUUAAGUUACUUUACUGUCUAGGGACUCUAAGUUAAGAAGCGUACCCAAUCACGUUUGAUUAGACUUGCGCACCCCAAAUCACGUUUUACCCCCAGCGCACCCCUUUGCGCAGGUGCGCUCUUAACUACACCAAAAUCCUAAAGCGCAUGCGCCUCUGUACCAUUCGCCCUGGAAACCUUCCUUUACUUUGACUUUAUUUGCUAAGCACGUGCUGGCACCAGUAUCUCAGGUCGUCUCACAAGAGCAACUCCUCUCACCCCAAGACCGGCAAUAACCCACGCACAAUGAGCAACUUGACGGCUAGCAUUUCGGCGCUUUCAGCGAAACAGAUAGAGGACUUCUUUUCUGCAGACACUGGUACGACGCAGGAAGAGUGCAACCAAAUGGCUGAACAACUCAUCGGCCAGCCUGUCCACCCAACACCUGUGCAAGGCUCAACUAGCUACACUGUCAUAGCUGACAAUGAUACCAGGGGAUUUGUCGUCCAGUUUCGCAAUAACGAAGGCGCCUUAGAUCUCAAACUCCUUGAAUGUGUAGAACAAGUCUACAAGCGCUUUAUGCCACACCACGAGCAGGCUGGAACCCUAGGCUACCUCCAAGUGUGUACGAUAAGUACUGUUGGUGGGGACUGCGUGUAUCUUUCUCUGGUACAGUUACACAGAGACAAUGGCUACCUCCUACAACAAAGUCUGCGGGACUAUGCUAGAUUCUUUGCCUUAGCAUGGCAUAACAAGCUGAGCCCGGUGUGGUGCCCAAGCCGCCACAGCCUCUAUGAUGACUACUUGUCGAAACUCAAGCAGCUCUCCCAGGGGCUGCCGGAUCGCUUCCGCAAAACGGUAGAUUACCUGAUCUCUGAACUCCCAAAGCUCUUUACCAGCGACUGGCCGCUAGUACCCCACCACACUGACCUCCGAGAAAAUAACAUACACGUGGACCCUUUGACAGGUGAAAUCAAAGGCAUCUGCGACUGGAAAGAUACCACCAUUGGUCCGUUUGGGACGUCGCUCUGGUCCCUUGAGGCUAUGCUCGCGACCCGGUCAAGCAAAGGCCCCUUCAAGUACCACCCUAACCACCAGGCGCUCCGGAGCUUGUUCUGGGACAGCUUUCGUGUUGCUAUAGGGCCUUCUUUUGAUAAUAUCAAGGCUGUUAUUGAAGUUGCAAGAGUAGUCGGUCUCUUCCUAGAGAAUGGUUUCGUGUAUACUGAUGACUUGAACAGGGUUCCUGUUCAAGAUGGAACCUACGAAUUACGUCACCUUGAAUCCAUGAUAACACUUAUAUAGGAGAGCUUUUUGAUCCAAAUACUAGAAUCAGCGAGUACUAAUUAGUUUAUAAGCUAAUAGUAUAAACAACGUUACUAUUAAAAGUAUUUGUGACACGAACCAAGGCAGAGGUGUGGUUCAUAUUCUUAGAAUAUCAAGG